UACAGUCUUGAAUGUAGCAAACUGCAUGUAGCAACUAGCUCGCUAGAAAAUAAGCUUUUGAAAAAGCUUUUGUCGCGCUGACAUUUUCAGUCUGAAGUGAAUUAAAACUUAUGCGACAGGACAGACCUGACUUUCAUCAUAGAUGUUGAUAGAAAGACACUUGUUAGAACGGCAUCUCUGUGAUGCACUGUACAACAGAGUAAUUGAAUUAAUCUUAUGGAAAGGGAUGGUACAGCUAAUCAAAGGUUUUGCUUCUCUCAGGUCAGCAGAGAAAAGCAGCCGGAACCUUCACUGUUGCAGCUGCAGUGAUCCAAACAGUGACUGAUAAUCAAGAGGACGCAUGAGAAGUCGCGCAACAGACAUGUGCAGUGAUGCAGCUGCAACAAUAAAUCCACACGUGAGUGACUGGAAUGCGCUGCCGUGAUUGAAAAACGCUGGAGUAAGUGCCUGGUUUUUGCACGAUGGCUGGUACAAUAGCAGUGAAAGCCUUUUCCUUUGCAACAGCGAGCGUAAUGAGAUAGGGAGAGUGGAGACGGAGAGCACAGCGUGCAUCUGUGAGCUCCGGUCUUAUUUUAGGCUCGGCUGAGAGUGGAUGUCUGUGUGGAUCCAUGGGUGGGGGUGGUAGACAGCGGCGUAUAGGAUGUAACAAUGCUGCUAAAGAUGUCACUACAGUACAGGAGCUGUGAGCAGUGCCAACCUGAGCAACCCGCUGCCAACUGGCCCUGCAUCCACUGUCUGUUCUACAGCACCCACAGAGCAUCAGUGGUGCUCCUCACAACCAGCAACUGGUGCAUCAUUUACCGUCUCGCUCUGACUUGCCAACAUUUUACUGUAUGUGACACACUUGUCUCUCUGUAAGUAGAUUUGUGGAGGAGGACAAAUAUUUCUGUGUAAAAAAAUAAUUUUUGCAGCUUGUCUUAUGUUUGCAGCUGUCAUCAGUCACAGUUUGUGGGUGACUGAGGAUCAGCUGAGGAUUUACAGGUAAUGGAAAAAAAGAUCAGACUGCUCUCCCUACAUCUCUCCGGCUGCACUGCACCGCAACAACCCAAGUCGUGAUGAAGUGCAGUGGGUCUUUGUUGGCUUAAAGAUAUAGAAAUUGCUUCUGCUCCUCUCCUACAGUACAUUCUGAUAUUUCAUCAGCGCUGGAAUGCACCUCCUUUCUCUGGAAUUAAUGGCCAGGAUUUCUAUGAAUGUGAAAGCAGGCUGCUGCUGCUGCUGCUGCUGCUGCUGCUGCUGCUGCUGCUGCGGCGGCGGCGCUGUUCGCCACUUCAGCUGCUCCACGCUGCUGCUGUGGAAACAGAGCAGGAGAGAGGCAGCGGCAGCUGUCUGGCUCUUCAAUCAACAAUCAGAACCACCCUGUUAGUUUAGACUUACUGGAUCAGGUUUCCACAUCCUGAGCUUCCUAAAUUUCUUCCAUUACAUUCAUUUCUUUUUUUUUUUGGCCAGUCAAAUCAAUAGGUUGUUAUUUGUCAGUGUGUGAUUCCUUGUGGAAAUGCUGCUUCUGAAGAUGCUUGGCUACAUCCAGGCGCGGUUCAAGAUCUUUUUAAUAGAAAGUUCAUGCACUUUAGGAACAAUGUUUUUUAGAGCUUAAAGGCAAAGGCUUGGCAUUAUCUACAAUUAAAAUUCUACUAGAGGAUUCUCCUCUGUCAACAAGAACCUGCUGAGUUUAAUCCCUAGGUGGGUUUACAGAAACGACAAAUCUUUUUUCAUCCUUUUGAACUCCGUCUUUAAAGUUCAAGUAAACUUUGUCUCAAGAUACCAAAAGAAUUUAGUCAUGGAUGGGCUUUACAAUCAGAUGUGGGCUACAAUAUCAAAACUGAACAGACGAGUCUGCGGGCUCUAAAUAUCCUCAAACUGUCCUAGUUGUAUUAUUUUUACAUCAUAUCGUUUUCCCUAAAGACAGUUUUUCUUGCUACUUGAUUCUCUGUCUCUACUCUGUUGUUCUGAUGUCAUAAUUAAUAUUCAUUCUUUUUUUAAUUCUUCCUACAAGUGAUUACUUGUGUUAGGUUUAAAAGGGCAGCCUGACCUGAGCCCUGCUGGAAGACAAAGUGCCUGCAGUAAUGCCGGCUCUGUGUCGGGGUCUCCUUGUACUUCCCAGGGGUGGUCACCUGAACCUUCUUCAAAGUGAGUCGCCUCAUGGAUAUCUCUGCUCGGCACCAGAGGCACUGCUCAGUAUGGAGCGGCGUCAGCUGGACAGACGUGCCCGUGUAUCUGAGAGACAUUUUCCUGCCCGCCAUGAGCUUCUUUGGUCUCAUUCCUAGUCUGUGAGCAUACAGGAAGUGAAGGUUGAACAUGGGUCAAAAGUAAACCAGGAGCUUAAUGGCUUUCCUUGACUCUGAUUUCGACCUUUAAGCUGAGUGCUGCUCUCUUGUUUUCCUGCAGAGUUUGACCUAAUGUCCUCGUUGAUGGUUGAUGAAUGAUUCGAAUGCAGACUAGAAAUCUUAGUGAGGACUACUUGAGGAGUAUAACCUUCAGAGUAAAUAAUCCUGUCCACCACACAGCUGUCACUUGUUGAAAUAUGAGUUAAAAACUACAUUAACUUAUAUUGACAUCUUAUUAAGUGUAAUGACCCGGUGCAGCCUUGGUUUGGUAGCAAGAAGUCAGCUACAAGAAAAAGGGUCAGUGAUAUGUUGUGCUUUUACGAAGUAGGCAAAGGUCUCACCUUGUGUUGUGUUUAGUUAAACAUGAUGAUUCUUUACUCGCAGGCAUUUAAGAAAGACAGACAUGAAGAUUCAUUUUAUUUUUCUUAUCAGGAUUUUUAUUUUCAGUUCUGCUGAAGCAUUUUGGAUGAGCCAUGAAACAUCUUCAAACAAGAUGGUCCAGUUGACUUCUAUUUAAUGGCAUAAAAUGACUUGGAUUACUGAGGACACAGGAUCAAUGAUAGAACAUCCAACACUGGGCGGACACAGACUCUGUCCUUCAGAAGAUCUUCCAUCCAGUCGUUCAUGCUACCCCAGCAACAGGGUAGGACCUACAUGCUCCAUCUAUGAAUAAAUCACUACAAGCAAGAACAGAGACGAAAAACAAAGAACAAAGGCUGCGUGUGAGCAAAGCAGAGUCACAGCGACAGUGGAGAGGAAGACAGGGAGGCAGCUGAGGUAUUUACGAGCAGUUAUAAAGGCUGCGCUCUUUGUUCGUACAAGUGCAUUUCAAAUUACGCUUUGAAAACAGUGUCCCUGAGAUUGAAAAGGUGAGGAGGAGGAAGGACAAAAAUGCCACUGAAGAUACAGCAGGAUGAUGCAGUGGCCGCUUGCACAUUUGGCUCACCUUUUCUCAUUAAAGCAGUGUAAGUGUUUGUGAGUCAGAGUUUUUGAAUGGUAGCUCUCUGCCAGAGCUCCUUUACAAUGGUUUUGAAGGACGUUGGUCCCUGGAGUCAGUCACAUAUGAACAUGCAGCUGGGUUUAUCAACCUCAGCAUCCUUACUGUUCACCGAGGACGCAGCAGGGACACAGGGGAAGCGUUUCAUCAUGAGGUCCUUUCUCCUACUGAUCUUCUCCUUGUUGCUGGUGUCUCAGGGAUCCUCAGCCAUCAUCACAGGGGUCUGUGAGUUGGACUCUCAGUGUGGAGGAGGGAUGUGCUGUGCCGUGAGUCUGUGGAUUGGCAGCCUGAGAAUGUGCACAACUAUGGGACAGGAGGGAGACGACUGUCACCCCAUGAGCCACAAGGUUCCUUUCUUUGGGAAAAGGCUCCACCAUAGUUGCCCGUGUUUACCCAACCUUUCAUGCAUCGCCACAGACAAAGGAAGGCACAAAUGUGUCUCACCUGUCUCUGACUACUUCUUCUGAGUCACGCCACCUAUAGGUUUGAUGAAGACACGAGAACUAUUUUAGCUGACCUUACAGAAACACGUUUAAACUAUCUGCCAUAACUUGUAACUAAUUGAAUAUGUUUCUUAGUUAUAGGUACUGACCCAUAACUAAGAAACAUAUUAAACUAAUCUUUGGCCAAAAUGGAUCGUAUAUUAUGUCAUUCUCAUUGACAACAAAAACGUCGAUACUGUAAAGACAGGUUAUCCACUGUAAGAAGUAUGACUCAUUUUGACGCUGUUCCAAAACCACGUCACCUGAGAAAAUGUUUAACGAACAAACAUGUUGCAAAAAUCCUCUGCGAAGAAGAAAAGAAAUGCAAAUAAAUACAUUUUAUCCACACAUACACACUCAAUUAUCUUUAUUCUCCGAGUUUUACACCAACUUUUGUUUCCUUUCAGCUAUAAAAG